CGUGGGCAGUUGCAGACGUCGGACGCGUUCUUCACUCGCGAUAAGUUUUGUGUGACAAUCAGAAGAAAAAACUGUUUGUUUGGAAUUUCCCCGGAGUCAUCGGCUGAACCCGUUACAUCAAUUUCAGCAACGCUGGUAGCACAGAUCGACAUUUUCGUGCACGGGCAGAAGGUGGCCAAUCGAUGAACCUCACGCCACCACCGGGCUUCAUGACCGCAAGGGAACAACCGCCAGAGCAGAGAACCGAAAUCCAGCAGCAUCCAAAGUAGCUCAGCAGCAGCCCGUGCAGUGAAGAAAUGGUCAAACUUUGAUCGAAGCAAAGCGCGGAAAAUAAAAGAAGUGAAAAAGAGAUAUUAGAGUGGAGCCUUUGUGAAUGUGAGUGGAGGAGAGGUUGUAUGUGUGACGACACACUACUUACCACGCGGCAAGAAGAAGAGAUUUAGCAGCGCAGCGCACGAAAGCAAAGCAGGAAGAGAGCAGCUAGAACCCGCGCGUGAACUUGGAGUUGGAGCAGCGAAAGGAACAACAACAACAACAAAAAUGUUGAAAUUCAUACGUGGAAAAGGCCAACAACCUUCGGCCGAGCGGCAGAAGCUCCAGAAGGAACUAUUUGCAUUCCGGAGGACGGCCCAGCAUGGCUUCCCGCACAAACCGUCGGCGCUGGCGUACGACCCGACGAGCCGGCUGAUGGCCAUCGGAACCAACAGUGGCAUCAUCAAGGUGUUUGGCCGGCCGGGGGUGGAGUUUUACGGCCAGCAUCCGGCCAGUACGAACGCGGCGGAUUUGAUCGUCCAGCUGCUGGAGUGGAUUCCCGGCAGCGGUCGGCUGCUGUCGUUGACGGCGUCGAACCAGCUGAUUCUGUGGGAACCGGCGGGGACGAUGCUGGUUCCGAUCAAGACGCUUCCGUUCGACGGCAAGUUGAAGAAGAUUUCGUCGCUGUGCUGUUCGUACAUGAAGGACACGGUGUGGAUCGGGACGGAGGGCGGCAACGUGUACCAGUUCGACAUCCGGAGCUUUUCGGUGCGGGAACCGGUGAUUUACCACGACGUCGUGCUCGAGCAGCUGCCCCAGUCGUACAAGCUGAACCCGGGGGCGAUCGAGUCGGUGAAGCAGCUGCCGCACAACCACAACCAGCUGUUGAUCGCGUACAACCGGGGGUUGGCGGUGCUGUGGGACUUGAAGGCAUCGAACGUGAAGCGAUCGUUCAUUUCGCCGGGCCACGGACAGAGCGUUGGGCUGUUUAUUUCUCCCUGUGGGACGCAGUUUACGUGGUACCACGGGGACGGUUCGUUUGCCACGUGGGACCUGGACAGUACGAUCCCGCCGGAGAACCAGAAGUACGUGCCGUACGGGCCCGAUCCGUGCAAGGCGAUCGAUCGGUUGAUCCGCGGCAAGCGUGGCCUGUGCGAGUUGGUGGUCUUUGCCGGAGGAAUGCCACGGUCGGCGUACGGUGAACGUCAGUGCGUUUCGGUGCACUGCCGAGACGGGACCAAGGUCGCGUUCGAUUUCACCUCUAAGGUGAUUGACUUUUUUGUGACGUUCAACGAGGAACGCGAGGAUCAGGCAGAGGUGCUGGUCGUGCUGCUCGAGGAGGAGCUGGUCGCGUACGACUUGACGGACGAAACGUUGCCCCAGAUCAACGCUCCGUAUCUGCACUCGUUGCACGCCUCGGCCGUGACCUGCAACCAUCUGGUGUCGCAGGUUUCGGCGGAAGUUUACGCCAAGAUCGCCCGCGCAGGUGAAGCGCAACUCGCCGAGUACAGCUCGAAGGCGUGGCCCAUUAACGGGGGGUCGGUUAAGGAGGAAUCGGCCGAUGAGCAUGGUGAAGAGGAGUACGAUCUGAUGAUCACCGGGCAUGAAGACGGGUCGGUCAAGUUUUGGAACUGCUCGGAGGUGUGUCUAACUCCGCUGCUGCACGUCAAGACUUCCCCGCUGUUUUUGAACGCCGACGCCGAUUUUGAGGAUCACGCGUUGAAUACCUCGACGGAACAGCUGGAAGAUGGGGAGCCACCGUUCCGUAAGGCAGGUCAGUUUGACCCGUACUCGGACGAUCCGCGUCUCGCGGUAAAAAAGGUACAACUCUGUCCUAAGACUGGCACGCUGAUAAUCGCUGGAACCGCCGGUAAUGUAGUGGUGGCCAACUUUGAGCCCGCUCCGGAGGAAGCAGGCCCGCUGAAGCUGACCACCAUGAAUCUGGUGAGCGAUCGCGACGGCUUUGUCUGGAAGGGACACGAUCAGCUGAAGGUCAAACGACAGCUGCUGGAGGAGAACACCCCGUUUUUGGAAGGCGUCAACUUCUUCAGUGUGCUGCAGGUGCUGCCACCGGCAGCCGUGACCUGCAUCGCCGUCCAGAGCCAGUGGAGCUUGGUGGCCGCGGGAACCGCCCACGGUCUCGUCCUGUUCGAUUACCACACCCAGAGUCCGGUGCUGAACAAGUGCACCCUCAAUCCGAACGAUUUGACCGGAGCCGGAGAGACGCUGUCGCGGCGCAAGUCGUUCAAGAAGACGCUCCGCGAAUCGUUCCGACGGCUGCAAGGAAGAUCUACGCGGAACGCCGGCGGUCAAGCGGCGACCACUCCGGCCGAGACGCGCCCCGUCGAGCGGCAGAUCGAGGCACGCGCCGUGGACGACGGCAUGGGUUCGAUGGUGCGCUGUUUGACCUUCGCCCAGACGUACCUCACCAGCCAGCAGCACACCAUUCCGACGCUGUGGUCCGGCACGAACUCGAGCUGCGUUUCGGUGUUUGUGCUGCACGUUCCACCGAGGCAGCAGCAAGCUCCGGCGGUGCAGCCCGGCGAGGCCAACGUUGACGCAGGGGACGUCCCGCCGCCGAAGCCCGUCACCGGACAGCUGGCGAAGGAGAUUCAGCUGAAGCACCGCGCGCCGGUCAUCGCGAUCGCCAUUUAUGAUCAGCAUGGCGUCCCGUUGGAGUUUCAACCCACGCCCGGUCCGGGCCCGCACAAGGUCCUCAUCGCGAGCGAGGAGCAGUUCAAGGUGUUUUCGCUGCCCCAGCUGAAGCCCGUCAACAAGUACAAGCUGACGGCGCACGAAGGCGCCAGAGUCCGUCGCAUCGCGUUCGCCACCUUUUCGUGCACCGUUCCGGCGCACGCCCUGCAGCAGCACAGUCCUUCGAAGGCCACCGCUUCGGCGUCGCCCUCGGCGGAAGCGCUCAACACGAGUACGGCCGAAUCUGGCGUUGGCACUGGCGCAACGUCGGACGCAACCACCCUAACGCACUCCGAAAUAAGCCUGCUCUGUCUGACGAACCUCGGCGAUUGUCUGGUGCUGUCGAUUCCGGAGCUGAAGCGCCAGCUAAAUGGCGCCGUGCGGCGCGAGGAUAUCAAUGGAAUUUCCUCGCUCUGCUUCACGAACCACGGCGAGGCGCUGUACAUGAUGUCCUCGUCGGAGGUGCAACGAGUGACGCUGUCCACCACCAAGAUCGUCUCGCCGACCGGGUUCAUCGAGGUCGAGGAUUGGUCCCACGUUGAGGAGGCGGACGAUGACGAGGGGGGAGCGCCUGCUGCAGCAGCAGCAGCUGUCGUCGAGGCGGCUGAAGAAGCGGUUGAGACCGGUGCCACCGAGAAGGCCAUCGACGUGCGGACGCCGCUCGCGAUCGCCGUCACGGCCAUCAACGGAACGACCAACGGCGACGGACACUUGACCAACGGGGUGAACGGAACCGGCGGAAGUGGGGACGAGGGCGCGUCACCGAACAAGGCCAACGAAACGAUCACCAGCUCGAUCGGGGACAUUACGAUCGACUCGGUGCGGGACCACCUGAACUCGACCACGACGACGCUCUGCUCGACGACCACGGAGGAGAUUGUGGGUCGCCUCUCGGUGCUGAGCACCCACUCCAACAACGUGUCCUCGUCGGCCAAGACGUCCGAAAUUACCGCCCUCAACUCGUCCAACAUCAAGGACCUGAAGCUGGUCGGCGACUCGACGGAGACGGCCGCCAACUCGGUCAUCAUCAAGUCGGUCAUCACGACGGUCAAGCACGGCAUCGGGCACGUCAACGGGGAGUCCGCGGCGACGACGACGACGACGACGACAACGGAAAGCAGCAAGACCAUUACAGGUGGGGCGUCGUCACCGCCGCCGGUGGCGGUUCCGCUGCUCCGGAAGGAGAGCCAGUUUUAAGGAAGGUUUGACGGACGACGGUCGAGAGCAGAGUUAAGUUUGAGCUAGUUUAUUAACGAUAACGACGUAUUUUUUUUUACUGCGAUGGACGCUUUUCUAGUGUGGAAAAGAGUCGAGUAUUUUUUCUUUCUAUUUUAAAUUAGUGUUUUAGUUAAGUUAGUGGGAGGGAUGUGUUUAUUGGACGAGAAUUAAAAAUUCAAAUGUGCGAAAUUCGUUGUUGAGUCUUUUUACUACGGACAGAUGGACGCAUUUAUCGACGAACGUUGUGAUAAUCUUAUGCCGCAGACAGAGAAAUGCGGAAUCACACACUUAAUAUAUUACUUGUAACACAAACCAGCAAAUGCCUUUCAAACCUUGAUGUAAUUAACAAAUAAGCAGGUUAAUAUAAAAGUGACAAUUCCCCAUUUAAAGUUAAACGACAUCGAAGAAUUAGAAGAGAAAAAUAUAACGAAAAACUUUUACAACAACAAAAAAAAACACGAAAGUAUUGAAACUGCUGCUAGUUUAUUCUUCUGCUAAAAGAAAAAAAAAACACAAACGACAAGCUUGUCCGAUCAAUCGUAAAAUAAAGUUAAAGUAAAUUAAACAUAAAACAUUUAUUUAUUAGUUUGUUAAGUGCCGCUUCGCCAGCAAGCAAAAGAUUUCGAAAUAUUUUUUUUAUCACCGUCACACGCCCAUUUUUAUUUUUUUUUGAUCCCCGGUUUUUAUUUGACCGCAAGUGCGCUCCCAAACUUGCUAGAAUUUGAAACCCCUCUUCAUCACCAUCGAGCCGAGCGCGCGACGAAGGAAGAUAAAAUCAAUUCGUUAGUUGAUAGUGUAAAGAGUUGGUAUUUAUACAAACACUUAAUUAUAUAUUUGAUUAAAAGAAAAGAAAAACAGAAAUGAAAAAAAAACUAUAAUAAAUAUAUAAUAUAUUGACGUAAUUAUUGAACGCUGUUUAGUACUUUUUGGAUGCAAUUUUACAUUUGUAACAGAGAAGAGAGCGCAAACAGCGGCAGCAGCAGUACUAUUAAGAUUAAAACAAAAGCAAACUUAUUGAGAGAACGAACAGGUCGGUGCAACACAAAACUCCGCCUUCGCCAACAAUGGAAACAAUAGAUGUUCAAUAAAAAAAAA